GACCACUCGGUUCUUCACAGUGUAUGGUUCCCUCUCGUGCCGGUCUGUAGCCCUAAUGUCAGUGCUGCUGUGUCUCGCAGCGUGCGCGCUUUUCUUCUACGUGCUCGUGUACUACGGCGUGUUCAGAGGAGCGCGGUGCUCCCGCUCGGUGAAGCUGGAGGGGAGGACGGUCAUCGUGACAGGGGGGAACACUGGCAUCGGCAAGGCCACGGCUCUGGAGCUGGCUAAGAGAGGAGCCAGGGUGAUUCUGGCCUGCCGCAACCAGGAGAAAGCCGAUGCUGCUGCCUUUGACAUCCGCAGGGAGAGCGGGAACAAUCAGGUGGUGUUCAUGCAGUUAGAUCUGGCGAGUCUACAGUCUGUGCGCAGUUUUGCUAAAACCUUCCUGAAGACUGAACCCAGACUGGACAUUCUUAUCAACAACGCAGGUGUGAUUAGUCAAGGACGCACAGAGGAUGGCUUCGGCCUCACGUUUGGGGUGAACCACCUUGGUCACUUCCUGCUCACCAACCUCCUCCUUGAGCGACUGCAGCAGUGUGGACCAACCCGCGUUGUCACUGUGUCUGCACUCCUGCACCGCUUUGGAAACAUUGACUUCCAUCUGCUGGCUUCCAAGAAAGAUUUGGUGUCAGGUCAAUCCACCUGGUACAACGUUCAGGCCUACUGCAGCAGCAAGCUGUGUAAUGUGCUCUUCACCAGGGAGCUGGCCAAUAGGCUGGAGGGCACUCGUGUCACCUGCUACACCCUGCACCCAGGAGUCAUCUACACAGAAAUAUUACGCAAUAUGAGCCUGUGGCAGCAGCUCCUCAUCAUGCCCUUUGCCAAGCUUUUCUUCAUGGACCCGGAGGGGGGGUCCCAGACCACCCUGCACUGUGCCCUGCAAGAGGGCAUCGAGCCUCUCAGUGGACGCUACUUCUCUAACUGCGCACUCCAACGAGUUGGCGCCAAGGGACGAGACGAUGCCCUGGCAAAGAAGCUGUGGGAGUUGAGUGAGAGAUUAACAGGUUUAUGACAUUUGACUGAAACCUAAUCCAGAUGUUCCAAAGACUGUAUGGACAGUCAGUGCUUUACAGACCUCAAUAUGCCUUGUUGUUGGUCAAUGUUCCUUUAAGGGCUGGUUUCAAAUAAGGUGGAUAUUUGCUAUACAUCUAUUGUAAAGCUUGUGCCUCCUGUCUGGGCUAUGACAGUUUUCCACAGAGAUGUCUAAAUUGUCCUUUUCACUCUGUCUGGCAACAAAUUGAUUGCUUUUUUACCAUCAGUCCCAAUUUGGCAUUAUUCAGACCUAUUUAAAAAUGAACAAAUAUGUGGUUUGUGUAAUAAUAGGCAUCUGCAGCAGGUGUUAACCCAAUUGAGGAAAAAGCCUGUCUGCUGAGUCAAUGUAGAGCCAUGAGUGAUUAUGCUCUAUGCCCUUAAUUGCUUUGAUUCCGAGUUAGCUGAUAGAGGGUUAGCUUUAGCCUGAAGACCUCCUCGCUUCCCUCGCCUUCACUUACCUAAGUCUUCUAACCCCAACCUCCUGUUUACUUUGUAUUUGUGUUUCAGAAGUGUCUGUAACUGGGACUUAAAUGUUCAACACAUUUAUAUCUUUAUUAACCCGAUUUGUUGAGCUCACCUGAACAUGAAAUCUGUGUAAGUUACUAAUUAAACACGUUUUAUAACGGUU